AUGAUUGAAAACAAAAGCCGGGUCUCCGAGCGUCCACCAGGAGGGUCUCCGAGCGUCCACCAGGAGGGUCACCGAGCGUGCACCAGGAGGGUCUCCGAGCGUCCACCAGGAGGGUCUCCGAGCGUCCACCAGGAGGGUCUCCGAGCGUCAACCAGGAGGGUCUCCGAGCGUCCACCAGGAGGGUGUCCGAGCGUCCACCAGGAGAGUCUCCGAGCGUCAACCAGGAGAGUCUCCGUGCGUCCACCAGGAGGGUGUCCGAGCGUCCACCAGGAGGGUGUCCGAGCGUCCACCAGGAGGGUCUCCGAGCGUGCACCAGGAGGGUCUCCGAGCGUUCACCAGGAGAGUCUCCGAGCGUCCACCAGGAGGGUGUCCGAGCGUCCACCAGGAGGGUCACCGAGCGUGCACCAGGAGGGUCUCCGAGCGUCCACCAGGAGGGUCUCCAAGCGUCCACCAAGAGGGUCUCCAAGUGUCCACCAGGAGGGUCUCAGAGCGUCCACCAGGAGGGUCUCCAAGCGUCCACCAGGAGGGUCUCCGAGCGUUCACCAGGAGGGUCUCCGAGCGUCCACCAGGAGGGUCUCCGAGCGUCCACCAGGAGGGUCUCCGAGCGUCCACCAGGAGGGUCUCCGAGCGUCCACCAGGAGGGUCUCCGAGCGUCAACCAGGAGGGUCUCCAAGCGUCCACCAGGAGGGUCUCCGAGCAUCCACCAGGAGGGUCUCCGAGCGUCCACCAGGAGGGUCUCCGAGCGUGCACCAGGAGGGUCUCCGAGCAUGCACCAGGAGGGUCACCGAGCGUCCACCAGGAGGGUCUCCGAGCGUCCACCAGGAGGGUCUCCUAGCGUCCACCAGGAGGGUCUCCGAGCAUCAACCAGGAGGGUCUCCGAGCGUCCACCAGGAGGGUCUCCAAGCGUCCACCAGGAGGGUCUUCAAGCGUCCAUCAGGAGGGUCUCCAAGCGUCCACCAGGAGGGUCUCCGAGCGUCCACCAGGAGGGUCUCCGAGCGUCCACCAGGAGGGUCUCCGAGCGUCCACCAGGAGAGUCUCCGAGCGUCAACCAGGAGAGUCUCCGUGCGUCCACCAGGAGGGUCUCCGAGCGUCCACCAGGAGGGUCUCCGAGCGUCCACCAGGAGGGUCUCCAAGCGUCCACCAGGAGGGUCUCCGAGCGUCCACCAGGAGGGUCUCCGAGCGUCCACCAGGAGGGUCUCCGAGCGUCCACCAGGAGGGUCUCCGAGCGUCCACCAGGAAGGUCUCCGAGCGUCCACCAGGAGGGUCUCCGAGCGUCCACCAGGAGGGUCUCCGAGCGUCCACCAGGGGUCUCCGAGCGUCUCCAGGAGGGUCUCCGAGCGUGCACCAGGAGGGUCUCCAAGCGUCCACCAGGAGGGUCUCCGAGCGUCCACCAGGAGGGUCUCCGAGCGUCCACCAGGAGGGUCUCCGAGCGUCCACCAGGAGGGACUCCAAGCGUCCACCAGGAGGGUCUCCGAGCGUCCACCAGGAGGGUCUCCAAGCGUGCACCAGGAGGGUGUCCGAGCGUCCACCAGGAGGGUCUCCGAGCGUCCACCAGGAGGGUCUCCGAGCGUUCACCAGGAGAGUCUCCGAGCGUCCACCAGGAGGGUCUCCGAGCGUCCACCAGGAGGGUCUCCGAGCGUGCACCAGGAGGGUCUCCGAGCAUGCACCAGGAGGGUCUCCGAGCGUCCACCAGGAGGGUCUCCGAGCGUCCACCAGGAGGGUCUCCGAGCGUCCACCAGGAGGGUCUCCGAGCAUCAACCAGGAGGGUCUCCGAGCGUCCACCAGGAGGGUCUCCAAGCGUCCACCAGGAGGGUCUCCAAGCGUCCAUCAGGAGGGUCUCCAAGCGUCCACCAGGAGGGUCUCCGAGCGUCCACCAGGAGGGUCUCCGAGCGUCCACCAGGAGGGUCUCCGAGCGUCCACCAGGAGGGUCUCCGAGCGUCCACCAGGAGGGUGUCCGAGCGUCCACCAGGAGGGUCUCCGAGCGUCCACCAGGAGGGUCUCCGAGCGUCCACCAGGAGGGUCUCCGAGCGUCCACCAGGAGGGUCUCCGAGCGUCCACCAGGAGGGUCUCCGAGCGUCCACCAGGAGGGUCUCCGAGCGUCCACCAGGAGGGUCUCCGAGCGUCCACCAGGAGGGUCUCCGAGCGUCCACCAGGAGGGUCUCCAAGCGUCCACCAGGAGGGUCUCCGAGCGUCCACCAGGAGGGUCUCCGAGCGUGCACCAGGAGGGUCUCCGAGCGUCCACCAGGAGGGUCUCCGAGCGUCCACCAGGAGGGUCUCCGAGCGUCCACCAGGAGGGUCUCCGAGCGUCCACCAGGAGGGUCUCCAAGCGUCCACCAGGAGGGUCUCCGAGCGUCCACCAGGCGAGUCUCCAAGCGUGCACCAGGAGGGUGUCCGAGCGUCCACCAGGAGGGUCUCCGAGCGUCCACCAGGAGGGUCUCCGAGUCCACCAGGAAGGUCUCCGAGCGUUCACUAGGAGAGUCUCCGAGCGUCCACCAGGAGGGUCUCCGAGCGUCCACCAGGAGGGUCUCCGAGCGUCCACCAGGAGGGUCUCCGAGCGUCCACCAGGAGGGACUCCGAGCGUCAACCAGGAGGGACUCCGAGCAUCAACCAGGAGAAGCAAAACAGUAG